ACAUAGGCCAUAAUUCUCAGGCCACAACAAUUCCUGGUUUAAUAGCCUCAAACAAAGUCACUUAUUGAGUUGAUCUCAUCUCUUAUCAAUUCAAAGAUCAAGCAAACACCAUGUUGGUGGAAAUUGCAUUAGCUUUAUUGGCACUAGCCUUGUUCUUACAAUUUCGUCCUACACCAACUGCAAAAUCCAAAGCCCUUCGCCACCUUCCAAACCCUCCAAGUCCCAAGCCUCGUCUUCCAUUCGUAGGACACCUUCACCUUUUGGACCAACCUCUCCUCCACAACUCCCUCAUCAAACUUGGUGAGAAAUAUGGGCCUUUAUACACUCUCUAUUUUGGUUCUAUGCCCACCGUCGUUGCCUCCACCCCUGAACUUUUCAAACUCUUCCUCCAGACACACGAGGCUACUUCCUUCAGCACAAGGUUCCAAACCUCCGCCAUCCGCCGCCUCACCUACGACAACUCAGUCGCCAUGGUACCUUUUGCUCCUUACUGGAAGUUCAUCAGGAAGGUCAUCAUGAACGACCUCCUCAACGCCACCACAGUCAACAAGUUGAGGCCUCUGAGGAGCCAAGAAAUUCGUAAGGUUCUGAAGGCGAUGGCUCAAAGUGCAGAAUCUCAAAAACCCCUUAAUGUCACCGAGGAGCUUCUCAAGUGGACAAACAGCACCAUCUCUCGGAUGAUGUUGGGGGAGGCUGAACAUGUCAAAGAUAUUGUUCGUGAGGUGCUUAAGAUCUUCGGGGAAUAUAGUCUCACUGACUUCAUUUGGCCUUUGAAGAAGCUCAGGGUUGGACAAUAUGAGAAGAGAAUAGAUGAGAUAUUCAACAAGUUCGACCCUGUCAUUGAGAAGGUCAUCAAGAAACGCCAAGAGAUAAUAAAGAGGAGAAAAGAGAGAAACGGAGAACUUGAGGAGGGUGAGCAAAGUGUAGUUUUCCUUGAUACUUUGCUUGAAUAUGCUGCGGACGAGAACAUGGAGAUCAAAAUCACUAAGGAACAAAUCAAGGGCCUUGUAGUGGAUUUCUUUUCAGCAGGGACAGAUUCAACAGCCGUGGCAACAGACUGGGCUUUGGCAGAGCUAAUCAACAACCCGAGGGUGCUGAAGAAAGCAAGAGAGGAAGUUGACAGUGUUGUGGGAAAGGAUAGGCUUGUUGACGAAUCAGAUAUUCAGAAUCUUCCAUACAUCAGAGCCAUUGUGAAGGAGACAUUCCGCAUGCACCCUCCACUCCCUGUUGUCAAGAGAAAGUGUGUACAAGAGUGUGAGCUCAACGGAUACGUGAUCCCAGAGGGAGCACUAGUACUCUUCAAUGUGUGGGCCGUGCAAAGAGACCCAAAAUACUGGAAGACUCCAUUGGAAUUCCGUCCAGAGAGGUUUUUGGAAGAAGCAGACAUUGAUCUCAAGGGUCAGCAUUUCGAGCUUCUCCCAUUUGGGUCUGGAAGGAGGAUGUGUCCUGGAGUGAAUUUGGCCACAGCAGGAAUGGCUACACUGCUUUCAUCUGUUAUCCAAUGCUUUGAACUGCAAGUUGUGGGUCCGAAAGGCCAAAUAUUGAAGGGAAGUGAUGCCAAAGCUAACAUGGAGGAAAGAGCUGGUCUCACUGUUCCAAGGGCAAAUAGUCUCAUGUGUGUUCCUCUUGCAAGAUCCAAGGUUGCAGCUGAACUCCUUUCUUCUUAAGAUACAACACAAACAAACAAAAUCAGCAUGUUGCUUUGUGGGUGAUGGUUUUAUAUAGCAAUAAUGAUCUUCAAUAAGGUUUCAUUGAUAGGCAAUGAAUCAAAUUAAGUACCAACACAUGGGUUCCAUCGUGUGCACAUGAAUCAUCCCAAUUCAGUUAGUCUCUCCAUGACCCUAUAUGUGAUGUAAUUUUGAUCUUUUUUUUCUUCUUCCAUUUUUGUCAAAAAGAAGUGUUGUGUAACAGUUUAAAUAUAUUAUUUUCUAAAGCCGUAUAUCCAUUUACAUUA